CCUUCAUUGUUGCCAAUCCAUGUAACGACCACGUUUCCCCCCAGUCAGCUUGUCAGCCGCAGAGUACUAGGGCCCGCUGCCGCUUACCGACUUCCUCUUCCGGCUGCUGGCCGCGAUUCGGCGAUUAGGCAGCAGCCGCCUUAACUGCAGCCCAGAUCCGCGUUGAAGGAGGGCAGAGCAGAAGGAACGGAGGCUGGAACCGGGGGCAAUGAAGAGUGGAGCAGCACUGGUCUCCGUGCUGCUCUUCCUGGGCAGGGCCGCGGGCGGUGGCGCCUGGUCCAACAGCACGCUCGCCAGCGGGCGCUGGGCCCCAGAGCCAGAGACUGAGGACUGCUUCUGUCAUUUGACAGGUGUCUUGGAUGAUUGCUUCUGCGACAUAGAAAGUAUUGAUGACUUCAACAGUUACAAGAUCUUUCCUAAAUUACAGAAAUUGCAAGAAAGAGACUACUUCAGAUAUUACAAAGUAAAUUUGAAGCGGCCCUGUCCCUUCUGGUUAAACGAUGGACACUGUUCAAUUAAAGACUGUCACGUAGAGCCUUGUUCUGAGAGUGAGAUUCCAAUUGGAAUUAAAGCAGCUAAUUACAAUAAAGAAGUGAACGCAGAAGAAUUGCAAGACUGUGAAGAAGCAAAUAAGCUGGGAGCUGUCAACAGCACAUUGAGUAACCAAACAAAAGAGGCUUUCAUUGAUUGGGCAAGAUAUGAUGAUGCACAAGACCAUUUCUGUGAACUUGAUGAUGAGCUAUCACCUGAUGCAGAAUAUGUGGAUCUCCUCCUUAAUCCUGAGCGCUACACUGGAUACAGGGGUUGGUCAGCUUGGAGGGUGUGGAAUAGCAUCUAUGAAGAGAACUGUUUCAACUGGUUCUUUGCAAGAGUGGUUGUUAAAGAAGAAGGUGGCCAGUGCACCAUGGGGAAGGGUGAAAGAAUUAGGCGUAGGCUCGUGCGUAACAGCUACAUUGGAAUGUGCAUCACCCAAGUGGGCCAUUUAACCAAAUGA